GCGGCAAGGAGGAGCUGGUGGCGGUCGCCUCCCGGCUGUGGCAGCGGCGGCGGCGCGCCUGCUUGGCGGCCGUCGGCGUGCUCCUGGCCAUGGCACUGGGGCUGCUAAUCGCGGUGCCUCUGCUACUGCAGGCGGCGCCCCCAGGAGCGGCUCACUACGAGAUGCUGGGCACCUGCCGCAUGAUCUGUGACCCGUACACCGUCUCUCCCGCAGGGGGACCCGCGGGCGCCAAGGCUCCACCGCCCGGGCCCAGUACCGCUGCCCUGGAAGUUAUGCAGGACCUCAGCGCCAACCCCCCGCCUCCGUUUAUCCAGGGACCAAAGGGUGAUCCGGGCCGACCAGGCAAGCCCGGGCCUCGGGGUCCUCCUGGAGAGCCAGGGCCUCCUGGACCCAGGGGUCCCCCGGGAGAGAAGGGAGACUCGGGGAGGCCAGGGCUACCCGGACUGCAGUUGACAACUAGCGCAGCCGGUGGCGUUGGUGUGGUGGGUGGCGGAACCGGGGGCGGUGGUGACACAGAGGGAGAAGUGACCAGUGCGCUGAGUGCUGCCUUCAGCGGUCCCAAGAUUGCCUUCUACGUGGGACUCAAGAGCCCCCACGAAGGUUACGAGGUGCUCAAGUUCGACGACGUGGUCACCAAUCUUGGCAAUCACUACGACCCCACUACCGGCAAGUUCAGCUGCCAGGUGCGGGGCAUCUACUUCUUCACGUACCACAUCCUCAUGCGUGGCGGCGACGGAACCAGCAUGUGGGCGGAUCUCUGCAAGAACGGGCAGGUGCGUGCCAGCGCCAUAGCCCAGGACGCGGACCAGAAUUAUGACUACGCCAGCAACAGCGUGGUCCUGCACCUGGAUUCGGGCGAUGAGGUCUAUGUGAAGUUGGACGGCGGGAAGGCGCACGGGGGCAACAACAACAAGUACAGCACGUUCUCGGGCUUUCUCCUGUAUCCGGAUUAG